CUCCUCCUCGGUGGUCGGACGGUUAGCUUCGUUAGCUUCGUUAGCAAUGUCUCCCAGAGCAGAACCAGCGCCGAGGUGUUCGAGGAGCCGCUGGACGCGAUGAGAUAAGAUGGAGGGCGACGCGGCGGGUUCGUCUGUGGCCGAGGACGAUGAGUGUUCGCGCGGUCCAGAGGUUUUGUGUCUGAUGAGAGUCGGAAGAAACUCCGACUGGCUCCGGCUGCUCGAUAAUACUGAGGUCACCAUCGGACGAGGUGCGGAUGUCACCUACCAGCUGCUGUCUCCCAGCUGUCCUCUCAUGAUCUCCAGGCUGCACUGCACCUUCAAACAGAGGGAGGAUGGACAGUGGACAGUCACAGACAAGAAGAGUCUCAACGGUGUGUGGGUGAAUGGAAACCGCAUCCCUGCCGAAAAAGCCUAUCAGCUCAGGCUCGGAGACUCCAUACGACUUGGGGUCCCAGUGAGCGGAACCAAGGUGGAGUUCGACUACAUCCUCGUCCAGCGGCUGCUCAAAGACAUUAAACUUUGCCUUGCAAAGGAACAAAGAGAGGGCACUAAAGCAUCCCACGUUUCCAAAAAGCCCAAGAGGAAGCUGUCCGUGGAGGAAGUCGAGCCGUCUACCUCAAAGCCCAAGCUCUACCGCCACUCUUCCUCCGACAAGUCGUUCGCCAAGCCCUGCCCUUUGUCUCCGGUGAAACACCAGCAGAAGCUCAGUCACAGCGAACCAGAGAAAACUGGGCCCAGCAGACAAAGCCAAGAGGCGGAGCAGCCCAACAAUGGCUCCAGCGAUCUCUGUGACCUGGACAACCUGCAGAUGUACAGCCAAAAUAUUCUGCUUCUUAGGGAGCAGGUGGACGACACCCAGAGACAGGUAGCGUCUCUGGAGGGACGACCACAGCAGGCCGACCCGCUCAGAGGGGAGCAGGUCAGGGAGCUGCAGGGUCAGCUGGAGACACUCAGAGCCAAAAUGUAUAGGAUGGAGACGUUGGAGAAAUCCUUCAGUGAAACAAAGAGGCAGCUAGAGGCCGAGAAAACACAACAACAAGAGGAGCUUUUGAAAAAACAGCUGGAAGAAGCCUUACAAGAGCAAAAGAAAGUAAUAGAUGAACUGGACCACUCUCGGCAAGGCUUCGAAGAGAUUCUUUCAGCCAAAAACAAAGAGCUAGAGUUGUCAAAGGAAGAGAAAGAAAAAGCGAGGGCUCAAAAAGAGGAAGUGGUCACACAAGUGACAGAAGUUCUGGAGAACGAGCUUCAGUGCAUCAUCUGCUCCGAGCUCUUCAUAGAGGCAGUCAUCCUGAGUUGCGCUCACAGCUUCUGCUGUCACUGCAUCAAGCAGUGGCGCAAGAAGAAAGAUGAGUGUCCCAUCUGCCGACAGGCCAUCCAGUCUCAGACCCGCUGCUUGGCGCUGGACAACUGCAUCGACGGCAUGGUGGAGAACCUGAGCCUGGACAUGAAGGCGAGACGCCAGACGCUCAUCACAGAGAGGAAAGCCGCUGACUCUGCCGUGGUGAUGGUGAUCCACGAUGACGAUAGCAGCAGGAGCAGCAGGAGCACCAGGAGCAGUGAAAGCGACGACAUUAGCAGGAGCAGUGACAGCGACAGCAGCAUGGUGUCCAUCGAUAGCAGCCUGAGCUCUGUUGUCUCUGUGGACACAGACAGCAGCAUCCAUUUGGAUGACUCCAGUUCUCUGUGUAGUGGUUACUCUGAUGAGAGCGUUGAUGAGUUUGAGGAUUAGCCCGGUUCUCCUGCAGCUGUGGUGUGAGCUGGACUUUAAGGUGUUCCCGGGACAUUUAAGGUAGUACGCAAAAUUUGGUCUGAGUCCAGUAACCAGACUAAACUGAGGUUUCUUUUUUUUUUUUUUUGUGAAAAUUAUCAGUUGUCUUUUUGUCUAUAUUUUCAACAAAAGGAAUAAAGUUUCUGCCUAUGCAUUUUCAUACUCAUCCUGUGUUUUGAUGCACACAUCGACUUUGUAUGAGCACUAAUUCAUUGUGUUUAGGGUUUUGAGGAACAAGGAAGUUGUGAUGCAUAGACUCUACGUAAAGAUGGACAACAUGACAGCUCCCCAGAAGCAAAGCCAAAGCACCUCGAUGGGGUGAAACGUCAUGAUUGACAGCCGAGACUGACUCACGAUUGGUCAAGCAUGCGUAUCGUUGCUAUCUUUCUACUGCAGCAGACUGUGGCUCCAAAUGCUCAAUAUGGCGGCAUUUGUAUUCCAGACAUUUUGGCUUCACUUAAUGGGAGGCAGUCUAUAUGUGUCAUCCAUCUUAAUUUAUCUGGCAGAAAAUGGAGAGUUGGGUUUUCUUUUUUUGCCAUGCUACCCCUACAGCUAUAGGAAGUAUCUUAACAACCACUAGAUAAACUGUAGGAACAACCUGCUGAGUUUCAUGUUAGAAGAAAAGAAAUGUGUCAAAGGUCUUUUUGUUUUUAUUUAAUGCUCCCUAUAGUGAUGCCCUGCUUUCCAUUUGUUGACAUGUCCACCUGGGAGUUGUCUGUCUGUCCAACAGGCUUAAAGGCUCCAGGGAAGGAGGAGCGGUAAUCGCUCCCAUUGGAGUCUUCUCUCAGCUCUCGCUGGUCCUGACUUACAUAGAAACCAAUGGAAUGAUGUCAUGAGAUGUUGUGACAAAUUCCAUUUCACGAGUAUCUGAAAUAUAAAUCUGCAUUUUUUUUAUUUUUGUAUUUGAAAGUGCUAGACAGAAUAAAAUUGUAUGUAACAUACAGCAAGGAUUCCUCUUUCAAAAGGGUUUGUUAUUUUUUUUAUAUAAUCCCAACAAGUUGUUGGCACAGCUGCUAAUAUGAUGCGAUGGAUCUAAUUUGUCUCCCUUGUCAAAGGGUUUUUGUUCUUGAUGAGAGAGAAUCUCAUUAAGAUGACCAGCAUCAAGUA